GCUUCAGUCUGCUGGCCUCCGGAAUGGGCAGAUAUCACCAGCCCACAUUUAACCACUGAUUUAUUGCGCGCACUCCACCGAGAGUCUGUGUUUUUGCACGUCGUCUACACGAUGCCAUGCGGAGGUAAGGUGAUGGAAGAGGCCAGCGGGAGAGUUUCAGAGCUGAUUCCAGUGGUGCUAUUUCCGCGGCUGCCAGGCUUCGUCCCAUCCUCUGUUCAGUAACAGCGCCCAUUCUCAUCCCGAAUCACCAUGAAGCCAGUCCACGAGCGCAACCAGGAGUGCCUCCCUCCCAAGAAGCGGGACCUCCCUGUUAACAACAACAACAACAACACCUCUACCUACAACCAUAACAGCAGUAGCAUCAGCAGCAGCAUUGGGAGUGCAGGGGGAGGAGGUGAGGAUGCCCCAUCUUCACAAUGCUCUGGUGUGAGUGGAGAAGGUAGUGGCGAAUGGGUGCGAGCCCAGCCGAGCGUGCAUUAUGGGAUGGAUGGUGGUGAGGGUCUCGUUGGGCUUCCUGUGGAUCAGUAUAGCAUGCUUUAUAAAGUAGCUCUGCCCACUGGUACCUACUCAACCACCAAUCUGCACCCCAUUCUUAGCCACAUUUCUCCUGCCUACACCGUUCCCUCCCAGGUGUUACAGCACACGAGCGUUCCCUACCCUCCGCUCUGCUACGCCCAGAUCCCUCACUCCUCAUUGCAGUUUGUUAGCUCUCCCUACGGAGCUGCGGUUCCCUACGCCGUGCCUCCGGGAUUCGUUCCCAGCCCUUUGAUACCAUCUCAGUCCGCUAUUUCCCAGCCGCACUCUGUUUCCCACCUGGUUCCGUAUCAGUCAGUCAUUCAGGAAGGAGUUGGCUCUCCGCAGCAGCAGAUCUCGACCCAUGCCUACACCAAAAUGGGAGUUCCUCUGGUGCUCCCUUCUGAGCAAACGGCGACACAAGCGCCGCUCGGCACUGUAGGGAUGCUGCCUGCCAGGGAGCUCAGCCCGAGAGCUGUGUACUAUCACCCCACCGUUAGGGGCGUCCAACCGCAAAGAGACCUGCACAGCAGCUCCAUGGAGCAGGAGAGAGAGGUGAAUGGAGGGGACAGAGAGCACGGAGGCAGGGAGAGCCAUCAAGAUGCAGUUUUUUCGGCCAGAAGUGCACGGCUGCUGCAGGCCACUGCGGCCGAGCCCCAGCAAGACAAGAGCUUGAAAAGCCGCAGGCUGGAGGGCAGAAUGUCGCCAAGACAGAGCAGCACACCGGACACUGAUCUCGAGGUCCAGCAGGUGGUCGGACGAUUUGCCUCUCCUGUCCACGGCACAAGUCGCAAGGAAGCAGCGCAUGUCCCUCUGAACCUGUCUCAAAGCUCUCAGAGGGGUCGAGAGACUCAGGGCGAAGUCAGAACACCUUAUGCAUCAAAUCCAGCUGAAUCUAGAGCACAUCAGCAGCAGAUUGUUCAACAAAGCCAUGCCGUUAUCCUGGCCAAUGGGCAGCCUGUUCUUGUGCCUCUCGACUACCAUCACCACCCACAGCAGCAGCAGCAUUUUCAACCCAACGAUGUGGCCUCGGCAGCAAUCGCUGCUUCUCCUGCUGCAUAUAAUAAAGCCAUGGAUGCAGUAGCAUGUCUCCCAGAGCGGGCGGUGGUGGAGCUGCCUUCCCAACAGGGGCAACAGCCCUCCCAGCAGCCUCCUGGUACUUUCCCACAGGCUCCUCUGCUGGCACCCUCCGGCCCGUCGCACUUCAUGAAGGGCGCCAUCAUCCAGUUGGCUACUGGAGAGCUCAAGCGCGUAGAAGAUCUGCAGACUCAGGACUUCGUGCGGAGCGCAGAAGUGAGCGGCGGGCUGAAGAUCGACUCAAGCAUGGUAGUGGACAUCCGCGCUAGUCAACAGCGACCCGGUCUAGUGGCGCUGCAUUUCAACGUGGGGGAGCAGCAGAGCAAAGUGACUAUAGAUGUUCCCCCCGAACACCCGUUGUUAAAAUAA